CUUUUUGGCUGCGGUAGUAGUGAGUGUUGAUUGCUGCUGAAUGCGAAGAGUUAGUCGCAGUUCAUCGAAUACGUGACUCCCGUUACUACCUCCUAAUAAUUAUCUUUUUAAUCUCACGAAAAAUCGACAAAAUGCCAGGAAAGCCUGAAUACAAAGUUGCUGAUUUAACCCUGGCCGAAUGGGGUCGAAAAGAAAUAACCAUGGCCGAAAACGAGAUGCCUGGAUUAAUGGCGAUUCGUAAAAAAUACGGGCCUAAAAAAGUUCUUAAAGGUGCACGUAUUGCCGGUUGUUUACAUAUGACCGUACAAACAGCGGUGCUUAUUGAAACACUCACUGAACUCGGAGCAGAGGUACAAUGGUCGUCUUGUAACAUAUUCAGCACUCAGGAUCACGCAGCUGCAGCAAUCGCCAAAACAGGAGUCCCAGUUUACGCAUGGAAGGGGGAAACUGAUGAAGAGUAUCUUUGGUGCAUCGAGCAGACGCUCGUCUUCAAAAACAAUAAGCCCUUGAACUUAAUUUUGGACGAUGGCGGUGAUCUUACCAAUCUCGUACACACUAAAUUCCCAGAAUAUCUCAAAGAGUGUCGAGGCAUUUCCGAAGAGACUACUACCGGCGUUCAUAACUUAUACCGUAUGGUCAAAAAUGGCACCCUCAAAGUUCCAGCAAUAAACGUUAAUGAUUCCGUCACGAAGAGUAAAUUUGAUAAUCUUUACGGAUGCCGCGAAUCGCUGAUUGACGGUAUAAAGCGUGCGACGGAUAUUAUGAUCGCAGGAAAAGUCUGUGUCGUCGCCGGAUACGGAGACGUGGGUAAGGGCUGCGCCCAGAGUCUCCGGGCCUUGGGUGGUCGCGUAAUCGUCACCGAGAUUGAUCCGAUAAACGCUCUGCAAGCUGCGAUGGAAGGUUACGAGGUCACCACGAUGGAGGAGGCUUGCUCGAAAGGUCAAAUCUAUGUGACGACAACUGGCUGCAAAGAUAUUAUUAUCGGGGCUCAUUUCGAGAGUAUGCCCAAUGACGCAAUCGUCUGUAACAUCGGCCAUUUCGAUUGUGAAAUUCAAGUCUCGUGGCUAGAAAAAAAUGCGGUAGAAAAAGUCAACAUCAAGCCUCAAGUCGAUCGUUUUAAACUGAAGAAUGGAAGACACAUUAUUUUGUUGGCCGAGGGCAGAUUGGUAAACUUGGGAUGUGCCACUGGCCACUCCAGUUUCGUAAUGAGCAAUUCAUUCACGAAUCAGGUUCUCGCACAGAUUGAGUUGUGGACCAAGAACGAAUCUUACUCGCUCAAAGUUCAUAUGCUACCCAAAAAGUUGGACGAAGAAGUUGCAGCCUUGCAUUUGGACCAUUUGGGUGUCAAGUUAACGAAACUCACUACAGACCAAGCCAAGUAUCUUGACAUACCAGCCGAAGGACCUUUCAAACCCGAUCACUACAGAUAUUAGUUGAAAUUUCGGAAAAUCAAAACGACGAAUCGCGUGCGCACCAUUUCAUACUAUCUUCAUUGUUCGAAGCCAAAAAAUGUAUUUUUUAACAUUCUGAACGACACAUGAAUCGAGGAUUGUUAAUAAUAAUAAAAAGUGUUCUUUCGGAAGGUGUAA